AUGGAUCUUGAGAAGUUAACGGUAAUUGGUAAAGAAUUGAGUUUCUCAGGGGCUUCGCUAAAGCAAUGGAUAGACGAAGAACGCGCACGCGAAAGAGAGGAGCGUCUAACAGAGCGAGAAAGGGCUCGAGAAGUAGAAGCUCAAACGAGUGCUCGUUUAGAAGCAGAACGCACUGUGCUAGAGCUGAAGUUGCGGUUACAAGAGCAGCAAGGAGGAUCGAUCACUCGGGUUCCAGAUGCAUCUGAUCAGGGUACGUCUCCUAGUGUAGCGCAGGGGUAUCGGAGUCCACAUAAACUUAUACCCCCCUUUAACGAAAGGAGCGAUGAAUGGGAUGCAUACAUCCAACGUUUUGAGCGGGUGGCAACAAGUCAAGAAUGGCCUCCGGAAAAAUGGGCCUUGUCCUUGAGCCUAUGUUUGAAAGGAGAAGCGUUAAGUGUAAUAGGACGCAUGGCUGCCGACGAUGCCAUGGACUAUGCUAAACUGAAGCAGACUCUUCUCCAACGAUUUCGCUAUACUGAGGAAGGAUAUCGUGCCAAGUUCAGAGAGGCGAAACCAGAGAACUCCGAAACGGGAAGACAAUUUCCUGGUCGUCUAUUAGGUUAUUUUGACCACUGGCAGGAGAUGGCAAGGACGGAGCGCACUUAUGACGCACUUCGGGACAAAAUUGUCUGCGAAGAAUUUCUGAACAAAUGCCACGAGAAACUAGCAAUUUUUAUAAAGGAAAGGGGCUGCCAAGGGCUCGACAAGCUAGCAGAAACUGCAGACCACUACCUCGAGGCCCAGGGGUUGGUCAACCUCGGCAAAAAGAAAGAAGAGACUGACAAGCCGACAGGGCAAGUUAGGAUGUCUGAUCCUCAAGGUGCAAAGAGAAAUCUGCAGUGCUUCCUUUGCAAUAAAUAA